UACUCAUCAGUGAUCAGGAUCUUAUCCAACUUAAUCUCUUGUCGUUAUCCAUAAUUAUAUAUUAAUCACUUUGCUUCUCCCUAUUAACACAUCGCCAAAUUCCUGUAACUUCUUAUCUUAAAAGUUGAAUUCGUCUGAGCUCGGUGUUUUUGACCAAUGGAGAAUUCAUCUCUUCCUCAAGACUCCGUAUUUCUUGGAUUCGACAGCUCUACUCAGUCCUUGAAGGCAACUGUUCUGGAUUCCAAUCUCAACAUUGUCAAAUCAGAGCUAGUUCAUUUUGACUCCGAUUUGCCCCAUUAUAAGACCAAAGACGGAGUCUAUAGAGACCCCUCUGAUAAUGGCAGAAUUGUUUCACCCACUCUUAUGUGGGUGGAAGCUCUUGAUCUCGUUCUUCAGAGGCUCUUGAAAUCUGGUUUUGAUUUUGGGAAAAUUGCUGCUGUUUCUGGUAGCGGACAGCAACACGGUAGUGUUUAUUGGAAGAAAGGCAGUUCUGCAAUAUUAUCAUCGUUGGACUCCGGUAAGCCAUUGGUGGAUCAAUUAGGCAAUGCCUUUUCCAUCAAGGAAUCGCCAAUAUGGAUGGAUAGCAGCACCACUAAGCAAUGUAGGGAGAUAGAGAAAGCUGUUGGUGGACCAUUGGAGCUCUCCGAACUUACUGGCUCUCGCGCUUAUGAAAGAUUCACAGGACCACAGAUUAGGAAGAUUUAUCAGUCACAGCCUGAAGCUUAUAAUGAUACUGAGAGGAUUUCGCUUGUUAGCUCAUUUAUGGCAUCCCUUUUUAUUGGAGCAUAUGCUUGCAUUGAUCACACUGAUGGCUCUGGGAUGAAUUUAAUGGAUAUUAAGCAGAAAGUCUGGUCUGAAAUAGCUUUAGAGGCCACAGCACCAGGGUUAAAGGAAAAAGUUGGAAAAUUGGCCCCUGCCUAUGAUGUUGCUGGUCAUAUUGCUUCCUAUUUUGUGGACAGGUAUAAAUUUAAUAAAAAAUGUUUGGUUGUUCAGUGGUCUGGGGACAAUCCCAACAGUUUAGCAGGUUUAACUCUUAGCAUUCCAGGGGAUCUGGCAAUUAGCCUCGGCACAAGUGAUACUGUUUUUGGGAUUGCUACUGAUCCUCAACCUAGAUUAGAAGGGCAUGUUUUACCUAAUCCUGUGGAUACAGAAGGUUACAUGGUAAUGUUAUGUUACAAAAAUGGGUCUCUGACUCGUGAAGAUAUUCGUAAUCACUGUGCUGAGAAAUCUUGGGAAAUCUUCAACAAGUUUCUGGAGCAAACUCCACCUCUUAAUGAUGGGAAGAUUGGCUUCUACUACAAGGACCAUGAAAUUCUUCCUCCUCUUCCAGUUGGCCUCCAUCGCUACGAACUCCAAAAUUUUAAGGGUGACAGUCUGGAGGGAGUGAAUGAACAAGAGGUGCAGGAAUUUGAUCCUGCUUCUGAGGUCCGAGCAUUGAUUGAGGGCCAGUUCCUCUCAAUGCGAGCUCAUGCUGAAAGAUUUGGCAUGCCCUCCCCUCCAAAACGAAUAAUAGCCACUGGUGGAGCAUCAGCAAACCAUAGCAUUUUGAAUUCAGUAGCAUCAAUAUUUGGCUGUGAUGUCUAUACUGUUCAAAGACCUGGUAUGCAGUAUCAUGUUGGAACUAAUUUUCCACUAUGCCAAAUAUGUGGUCUGAAAAGAAAUUCAGGAACUUUUCAGGGUCCAAAUCAUUUUUUUAUUGUUUUGCUGUUCAAUUCUUCAAAUGGAUUUGUUUUGCUCUACGAAGCUCCUCCACAGUAUUAUCUGAUAAAGAAGCCCUGUUUCUUGCUUGGCAGAUUCUGCGUCCCUGGGAGCUGCAUUAAGAGCUGCUCAUGGUUGGCUGUGCAACAAAAAGGGUAGUUUUGUGCCAAUUGCAUGCUUAUACAAGGACAAGUUGGAGAAGUCAGCUUUCAGCUGCAAGCUUUCAGUUAGUGCUGGGAAUCAAGAAUUGACUUCUAAAUAUGCUUUAUUGAUGAAGAAGAGAAUGGAAAUAGAAAAUCACCUCGUCCAAAAGCUAGGACGGUGGUAGAAGUGGGGAGGUCUCGCACAUCGUCUUUGGAAACGUUUAACAAUUUGCGGGAAAAAAAAAUUAUUAUAUUACCUUUGGUAGAAAUUCUUGAUAAUUACAUGAUUAUCCAUUACAUAUCAAUAAGAAGGAUUUUGUUCUUGCAA